AGUUAGACGUAACCUCAGACUCGAGCAAAUCACAGAUUAUUUCCAACCACAAUGGAGAAACUUGACUACCAGAACAAGGUCAUUUUGGCACCAAUGGUACGAAUAGGCACCUUACCAACCCGGCUCUUGGCUCUGAAGUAUGGGGCUGAUAUAGUGUACACAGAGGAGAUAAUUGACAGAAAACUCCUUACCACCAAAAGGGUUGAAAAUAAGGUGCUCAGGACUGUUGACUAUGUUUGUUCCGAUUCAACUGUUGUUUUUCGGACACACCCAUCAGAGAAAAGUCGCCUUGUGUUUCAAAUUGGCACAGCUAAUGCGCACAUUGCUCUUCAAGCUGCAAAGAAAAUUGAAAACGAUGUUGCUGCCAUUGAUGUUAAUAUGGGCUGUCCCAAGGAAUUUUCUCUGAAGGGUGGAAUGGGUGCAGCCUUGCUGAAAAAGCCAGAAACCAUCAAGCAGAUCCUCACAACAUUAGUGCAAGGGCUGUCAGUGCCUGUGACGUGUAAAAUCCGCCUUCAGCCAGAGAUGAAAGACAACAUUAGCCUGGUUAAAAUGAUUGAGAGCACAGGUGUGUCGGCUCUUGGGAUCCACGGGCGGUUGACAGAGGAGCGACCUCGGCACCCGAACAGAAAUGACACCAUCAAAUCCCUUGCUCAGCUUCUCAGCAUCCCAGUCAUUGCAAAUGGUGGUUCAAAAGAAAUCUUGAAUCAUGAAGACAUUGCAAAGUUCAAGGAAGCGACCGGGGCGUCAUCUGUGAUGAUCGCACGUGCAGCAGAGUGGAACACAUCUAUUUUUAGAAAGCAGGGGAUAUUGCCUGUUAAAGAUGUCGUCAAGGAAUAUUUAAAAAUUGCAAUAGAGAUGGACAAUGACUUUCCAAACACAAAGUACUGUAUUCUCAACCUGAUGCAUGUGAACAUGGAUCAGAAAGAAGGCUUGGAUACACAGGUUGCGAAAUGCAUCCAAGAAAUAAGUGAGAUAUGGGGACUUCAAGACUUCUAUGACAGUGUGUUACUUGAUAGAAAGAGCAGGCAGGAAACAGUAGACCACUUUCUGGGAAUUAAAAAACGGAAAACAGAAGAUGGGAAGCCUCUAAUUGAGAUGCCCAUGAGGUUUAUAAAGAAGGACUACCCCACAGGUAUAAGCCCAAAACAAAUGGUGUACAUGUGGACUGUCAAACAUGAAAAAGACAAGGCCGUUUUUGAAACAGCCGAGAGAUCUGAAGAUCGGUGUUACAAAUCCAUUAUGAAGCUAGAUGGAGCUAAAUACACAGCCAGUUUCUGGGAGAAAUCUAAACAGCUUGCAGAGCAGGCAGCUGCCAUUGUUGGUCUUACUGUUCUUGGAGAAGAAGACGGAAGAAAAACGGAUGUAACCAGCCCAAAUGAUGAUAUUGCUGAGGCAUGGAGUCGUCACUUCCGAUCAAGUGAUAUUGACGUCACGUAUAGUCAUAAAGACAUGAAAAAGAGAAUGACUCUUUCUGAUUCUAGCAAUGGUGUCUAUAUUGACAAUGACAGUUUUAAAGUUGACAGAAAUGAAGGUGAUCAAGACAGUACAUGUGUAGAUUCUGUUUAUCCUAGUCUCGGUAGUUGAUGGUUUUAAUUUCCAUUCAUAUGUUUACUCCAUUAAAAUAAACCAUUGUCUUUCA